GGUUUAUCAAGGAUUUUGAAACGAUUUUGGUAAGAAGAUGACAAGAGUCAAGAGUAAACUAGACGAUGAAUUGUCGUCUCCUUGGUUUUACACUGUUUGUACCAUGGGAGGAAUGCUUAGUGCUGGAACUACCCAUUUAGCUAUAACUCCUCUUGAUGUCCUCAAAGUCAAUAUGCAGGUGAAUCCAGUGAAGUACAAUAGUAUUCCUUCCGGUUUCUCUACCCUCUUAAGAGAGCAUGGCUAUUCCUAUCUUUGGAGAGGUUGCAGUGCUUCUGCUCAGAUAUUCGCCGAUAUGGCUUUAUGUCCUUUUGAAGCCAUAAAAGUUAGAGUUCAGACGCAGCCCAUGUUUGCAAAAGGGUUGCUUGAUGGAUUUCCAAGAGUGUAUAGAAGUGAAGGUCUUGCUGGCUUCCACAGAGGACUUUUUCCGCUCUGGUGUCGCAAUCUUCCAUUUUCUAUGGUGAUGUUCUCAACGUUUGAGCAGUCAGUUGAGUUUAUAUAUCAAAAUAUUAUCCAGAAAAGGAAGCAAGAUUGCUCUAAAGCUCAACAACUUGGUGUCACAUGUCUUGCUGGCUAUACUGCUGGAGCCGUAGGUACAGUCAUCUCUAACCCCGCAGAUGUGGUUCUUUCAUCUCUCUACAACAACAAAGCCAAGAGUGUGUUGCAGGCUGUGAGGAACAUUGGGUUUGUUGGUCUUUUCACCAGAAGUCUUCCCGUUCGGAUCACGAUUGUUGGACCUGUCAUUACCUUGCAAUGGUUCUUUUACGAUGCCAUCAAAGUCUUAAGCGGAUUCCCUACAAGCGGAGGAGUGAAGGCACCAGUGGAUGCAACUAAAUUAUCAAUACCGAGGCCUUGUGUAGCGGUUGGAAGGAACGUUUUGAUCUUUUUGUUUCAUGCGCAAAUGCAUUUCCUCAACCCCUGCCUGAAAUUGGAUUUUGUAGCCAUGGACCACGAAAGCAUAGGUCUUUACCCUCUUCAUCGUUGCAAAACCAUUCACCUGGUGAGACAUGCUCAAGGGAUUCAUAAUGUAGCUGGUGAAAAAGAUCACAGUGCUUACUCUUCUGAGGAUUACUUUGAUGCUCAUCUUACCCCUCUUGGUUGGCAACAGGUUGAUAAUCUACGGAACCAUGUUCUAGCAACUCAACUCUUGAACAAGGUUGAACUUGUCAUUGUUUCACCUUUGCUUAGAACUAUACAAACAGCUGUUGGUGCUUUUGGAGGAGAAGAAGAUACUAAUGGAGGGGAUGCAACACCGUUAAUGGUGGCUAAUGCUGGGAACAGCGAUCGUCCUGCGAUUUCUAGCUUAAAUAGCCCGCCUUUCCUUGCUGUUGAGCUUUGCAGGGAAACUAUGGGGGAUCAUCCUUGUGAUAGGCGAAGAAGCGUCACAGAGUACAAGGCUCUUUUUCCCGCAAUCGAUUUCUCCAUUAUUGAAACAGACAAGGAUGUUUUGUGGAAGCCGAGUCCAAGAGAGAGCCUUGAAGAAGUUGCAGCCAGAGGUGUAGAGUUCAUCAAAUGGAUAUGGACAAGGAAAGAGAAGGAGAUCGCGAUUGUAUCUCACAGCGGCUUCUUGCACGGUCUCUUGAGUUCUUUCGGGAAAGAUUGUUGCGAUGACAUCAAGAAAGAGUUGUCUAUACAUUUCAGCAACUGUGAGCUUCGCUCAAUGGUUAUCGUGGAUAAAGGGAACCUGGGGACUGAUUCUGCAGAGACCACAAACUAUCCUGGAAAGCUUCCUCAAGGACUUGAUAAUCCAAGUGGCUAAAUGGCUGAAGAGUAAGAGAGCACAAGUUUCUAAGAUAGUUUUUUUCCUUCUAAAAAGAAUAAAUUACAUGAUGCUUC